GGCCGCCACAGCUCGCCCUUCUCCCGGCCACCCCGCCCCGCCGCAGCCGGGCAGGGAUGCCCCUGCCCUUCCCGGCGGCCUCGGGCCCCUCCACCUGCUCGCCGGGGAAGAGGACAGGCCAAGGAGAAGCUGACACACCCGGAGCCCUCCAACUUUGACCCCAACAUGCAAGGCCCGUCUAGCAGCCUGCCAGCUGAGCUCAGCCUGGACGACUUCAUCCCCAGCCACUUCCGGGCCUAUGCAGGGCCAACCUUGCGGGGGUCACGGGUGCCUGUGAUCCGGAAUGGUGGCUCCAACACCCUUAAUUUCCAGUUCCACGACCCUGCGCCCAGGACUGUGUGCAAUGGCUACACCACCUCACCAAGGAGAGAUGCUUCACGGCACCCAGACCCUGCAUGGUAUCAGACCUGGCCAGGCCCUGGGAGCCGGCCCUCUUCAAGCCCAAAGACCCCUGCCUCUCAGCAUGCCCAGAGCUGGUCAGCCACAUGGACCAGGGACAACAAACAUCGGGACAAGCGCUGGGUCAAGUACGAAGGAAUUGGGCCUGUGGAUGAGAGCGGCAUGCCCAUUGCCCCCCGAUCUAGUGUUGGCAGCCCCAGAGACUGGUAUCGGCGAAUGUUCCAGCAGAUUCACCGGAAAAUGCCAGACCUGCAGCUGGACUGGACCUUGGAAGAUCCACUCAAAGGGAUUUCCUCCUGUGCCUCCUCUGCAGAGCCCAGGUAUCCGGGGGCCCAGCAAAGACCUGCCUCCAGGACUGGCCACCAGCCAGUGACUCCUAGCCGAAGCUGGGAACACCCUGAAGAGACACCUAGAAGCACCUUAAACUAUAACCCUGGAGCAGCCUCGGGGCUCCAGCCUACAAACCAGGUGUCCAAACGCCGAGAGAAGGUGGAGAAUGUUUGGACAGAAGAUUCCUGGAACCAAUUUAUGCAAGAAAUAGAGACUGGGCAGAAGCCCAAGAAACCACUGGUGGAUGACCCUGUGGAGAAGAGCUCCCAGCCCAUCGAGAUUCUGCUGGAGCGAGAGCUGGCCAAGCUGAGCGCGGAGCUGGACAAGGACCUGCGGGCCAUCGAGAGCCGGCAGCCGUCUCCCAAAGCAGCCAUCUCGGGGAGCACCCCCUCCGCAUCCCCCAACAUAGCUUCUUCCUCCAUGACGCUCCUCAAGAGCUCGCCGGCUCCCCGACGGACCCCGGAGCAGCGGCUCCCGGCCAGCCCCGCCACCGCCUGGAGGUCCAGCUCCCCGCAUGCGCCUUACCUGGGUCCCUCCCGACCCCUGAGCCCCCACAGGAUGGCAGAUGGAGGAGGAAGCCCCUUCCUGGGUCGUAGAGAUUUCGCCUACCCUUCUUCAGCCCGAGAGUCUAGUGCCCGGGAAAGAGGGAGCAGCCCAGUCAGGAAGGAAGAGAAGAGGAAGGCCGCGCGGCUCAAGUUCGACUUCCAAGCACAGUCCCCCAAGGAGCUUACUCUGCAGAAGGGUGACAUUGUGUACAUCCAUAAGGAGGUGGACAAGAACUGGCUGGAGGGAGAGCACUAUGGCCGGAUGGGCAUCUUCCCCGCCAAUUAUGUGGAGGUGUUGCCUGCGGAUGAGACCCCCAAGCCCAUCAAGCCCCCCACCUACCAGGUGGUGGAGUACGGAGACGCCGUGGCCCAGUACAACUUCAAGGGAGACCUGGAGGUGGAGCUGUCUUUCCGCAAGGGGGAGCGCAUCUGUCUGAUCCGCAAGGUGAACGAGAACUGGUACGAGGGGCGCAUCACGGGCACCGGCCGCCAGGGCAUCUUCCCCGCCAGCUACGUGCAGGUGAACCGCGAGCCCCGGCUCCGCUUCUGCGAGGACGGCGGCCCCCAGCUCCCCGGGUCUCCCCGCCUGACCCCCGCAGACCCCACCGACUGGGGGGGCCGGACCUCCCCCCGCCGCAGCGGCUUCGCCUACCCUGCGGCGGAGCCCAGACCCCAGACACAGAGUGUUGGCCCUUCUGGGGCAGCCCAGUCCCGCCCUCGAAGCCCCAGCCGGCCUCUAGAUCUGGGGGUCUCCUCUUCCAGCACCUCGCAGAUACACUGGACCCCGUACCGGGCCAUGUACCAGUACAGGCCCCAGAAUGAGGACGAGCUGGAGCUGCGUGAGGGGGACCGGGUAGACGUCAUGCAACAGUGUGACGAUGGCUGGUUUGUGGGUGUCUCCCGAAGAACCCAGAAAUUUGGGACAUUCCCUGGAAAUUAUGUAGCCCCAGUGUGAGUGAUCCAUCUUCAGGGCACCUUGGAGCCAGCAUGGUUGGGGUGGGGAACAGUAGCACUUGUAAGAGGGAGCGAGGCUCCCCCACAUCCUCCUUCCCAGGACCUACAUUCCCAGCAUCUGCAGAGCCCCCAGCAGCCUUUUCUUGGAGCCCCCUCGAAGCCUCCCAGACUGAUUCCCACCACAACUCACAGGCAUUCCUCUGACAGCCUCUUUAUCC